CCGGGGCGGCGGGUCCGGCGCCUCCGCUCUCCUCCAGCUCCUGCUUCAGCCUUUGCACCCAUUGCGGCCGUGGCCGUCCUCGGCGCGGCUCUCCGCGCCGAGCGCCGGCUGAGCCCGCUGCUUCCCGGCCCAUGUACUGGAAGCAUGAGAACGCCGCCCCGGCGCUGCCCGAGGGCUGCCGGCUGCCGGCCGAGGGCGGCCCCGCCACCGACCAGGUGAUGGCCCAGCCAGGGUCCGGCUGCAAAGCGACCACCCGCUGCCUUGAAGGGACCGCGCCGCCCGCCAUGGCUCAGUCGGAUGCUGAGGCUUUGGCAGGCGCUUUGGACAAGGACGAGGGUCGGGCCUCUCCCUGUACGCCCAGCACGCCAUCUGUCUGCUCACCACCCUCUGCCGCCUCCUCCGUGCCGUCCGCCGGCAAGAACAUCUGCUCCAGCUGCGGCCUCGAGAUCCUGGACCGAUAUCUGCUUAAGGUCAACAACCUCAUCUGGCACGUGCGGUGCCUCGAGUGCUCCGUGUGUCGCACGUCGCUGAGGCAGCAAAACAGCUGCUACAUCAAGAACAAGGAAAUCUUCUGCAAGAUGGACUACUUCAGCCGAUUUGGAACCAAGUGCGCACGGUGCGGCCGACAGAUCUACGCCAGCGACUGGGUCCGGCGGGCGCGCGGCAACGCCUACCACCUAGCCUGUUUCGCCUGCUUCUCGUGCAAGCGCCAGCUAUCCACGGGCGAGGAGUUUGGCCUGGUCGAGGAGAAGGUGCUGUGCCGUAUCCACUACGACACCAUGAUCGAGAACCUCAAGAGGGCCGCCGAGAACGGGAACGGCCUCACGCUGGAGGGGGCAGUGCCCUCGGAACAGGACAGUCAGCCCAAGCCGGCCAAGCGCGCGCGGACGUCCUUCACCGCCGAGCAGCUGCAGGUUAUGCAGGCGCAGUUCGCGCAGGACAACAACCCCGACGCACAGACGCUGCAGAAGCUGGCGGACAUGACGGGCCUCAGCCGAAGGGUCAUCCAGGUGUGGUUUCAAAACUGCCGGGCGCGUCAUAAAAAGCACACGCCGCAGCAUCCCGUGCCGCCCUCCGGGGCGCCGCCCUCCCGCCUCCCUUCCGCCCUGUCCGACGACAUCCACUACUCUCCGUUCAGCAGCCCCGAGCGGGCUCGCAUGGUCACCCUGCACGGCUACAUUGAGAGUCAGGUACAGUGCGGGCAGGUGCACUGCCGGCUGCCUUACACCGCGCCCCCGGUCCACCUCAAAGCUGAUAUGGAUGGGCCACUCUCCAACCGGGGUGAGAAGGUCAUCCUUUUUCAGUACUAACGCUGCCGGCACUUCCGCAUCUGUCCGUGGGUGCCCCACAGCUGCCUCUCAGCCGCUGAAACCCGGAGUCCGAGUCGCUGCCAGGGAUCCACCCGCUCCGCAUCCACCCCUCAUCCGCCAUCCUGCCCGCCACCAGCGGGCCCCCCCCCCCCCCCCGGCCUGGCCCUCCCCUCUCCUGCUGAGAACCAGAACCCUCUAGGAACACCACAGAGUCCUGCUCCCGGAAGGCAGAGCUCCCUGAAAUCUGGAGCCAGGGCGAAACAACAGCCCGGUUUCCCCAUUUAUACAGGAGUCAUCUUCAACUUAAGCUGAUUACAAUAGCAAAAGGCCGAAUUGAAUUGCGCGACGUCAACAGCCUUCCAAUUGACAGGUUUUCUUUCCUCCCAUAUUGGCCUUUAUUUACUUCUUCCUUGGAACCAUCUCUGAAUUCUGAAUAGCCGACAACCCCCAGUGUUAUCCAUUCUGUUGCUUUUGUCUGGAAAACUCUACAGUGUUUGUGGGAUGUCCCCAAAGGAGAGCUCUGUUCUAAUUUUAUCAUUUCCAUCUGUCUGGUUAUGUCAAGUCAAUUCAGACAGAGAAGAGACACUGACCAACCCUGAGAGGCCCAACAGGGCAGAGAUGGAGGCCUGCCCAGACCAAGAGGCAGGGGGUUAAGUGGGGGCUGGGGGUGGGGUGGGCAAAGCCCCCCAUCCAUUGGUUUGGCAAUCCAGGAGCAGAAUGUGGCACAUUGGGCUGGGAGAGGCGCUAGCCAUUUUAAGGAGAGGAAAGAAGAAACUCGGGUUGGGGCCCUGCUCCCACCUACUUAUCCAGUGUAUGUGCAGGGGACCUAGCAGAGAUGGUGUCUGCUCUAUGUGGGGACAUUUCUGACUGUUUGGACAGGUUAGAAUUGGGGUCCCUUGUUGGCUACUUGUUGAUUCCUGAUAGGGGUGCUUGGGCCAUGUCUUCUUUUGGGGGAACCACUCAUGGGGGUGCUGGGGAACAGAGCCCAGGAAAACAGCAGUCAGGGUGUUCAUUCUAGACCCGUCGCUGAGUCCAGAGAGGGUGCCGGCUGCCCAGGUGAGUGCGCCAGGCCCGGGAUUCUAGCUGGCCCUUCUGGGUUUCCCCAUCAGCCCUGCCCAGAGCCAGCCCCACCCACUCCUGAGGACACAGGCCAGACCCAGCUGUGCUCACAGCCACCCUGUCCUGCUGCAACUCUUCCGCCCCAAACAAAAGGGCUUGGGCUAUACAAGACCACGAUUUAUGUUUUCAGGGGACACCCAUUUGUCCCAAGCUUAUCUUGUAAUUUUAGAAUAACUUGGUGUCCUGAUGCAUUUCCCACUAGAGGCUGCUAGUAAGCAUGUUUCAGCCCAAGUCCUCCUUCCUGCUUUGGUUAACCUGAUAUGUUGCUUUUGGAAGGAGACUCCAGGCCAGGGAAAGCAAGUUCAUGAUACAAAUGUAUCUGCUGUUCCUGUGUCCACCCAUGGCAGACAUGGCUAAUCGACUGCAGCACUCUCUGUCUCACUGAGGCUGGAGAAGGUUUCAGAAUCCAAAUGCUUGCAAUUGGCACUGAAAAUGAAAACCUAUCGGCCAUUCUUGCUAUGGGACCUGGAGGAGGGCUGGGCCUGGGUGCAGCCCAAGAAGGGAAGUUGCUUCUUUCUCCUUUCAAAGAUGGUUUCGGCUGACUCAGGGCAAAUAGAAGGCACCCCUCAGAAUGUGGGCAGUGCAGCUGGGUGCAGAACUCAGUGAAUAACAUGUACCCAGCCCUGCGCUUUGUGCUGAUGUUAACAGAAGCAGCUUGGCUCCGAUGCCUGGUGAUUGGGGAGCUCUGAUCUUUCCUUUGAUUUUUGCUCCCCAUGAUAGAAGUCCCGAGCACAGUCAUGUGGUGAGUGGCCAGCUGAGCCCUGCCCAGGGACACCCAGAACCCACUCUGCCUUGAGCCUCCCCCCCAGGGUCUGUUCCUUGCGUGGAUCACGUGGUCGUAGCAUGUUGCGGUUCAGACAUGUCUCCACUAGCCUGUUAGAGCAGCCUGGGAACAUACAGGCCAACAAGACUAUUUAUUUAAAUACAAAACAAAAGGGGGAAAACACACACGCGUGGAAAAAAAUUGUAAGCACUUUUUUGUAAAACCAAUGUCUGUUUUGUUACCUACCUUUCAUGUUGUGCUUUGUAAAUGUCUUAUUUGUGUAAUAAAUAAAGUUAAUGCAGGUGGAAGUGCUGGCACUUACAUCCAGA